CCAACGUCCAACUUCCCUUGGUUGCUCUCUCUCUCCCUUCUGCCCAACUCCCUUCCCCCCCAGUCUUUCAUCUCAUCUCAUCUCCCAUUCCCAUCUCUAUCAAGUCCUGUUUUCUUAUUGAUCUUUGGAAUAUUCCUCUCCUUUGAAUUCUGUUGCUUAUCGUUCCUCCCGUUGUUGGACAUUGGCCCGGUAGCGUCACAUCACCCUUAACGCGCCCUUCGGUCGGCUUUUGGUAGUCGCGCGUUCUCCCUUCCUUUGUCUCCCUUGGUGAAAUCUACGCAUCGAUCGGACGACUUAUAACGCUCUCGCUCCGGUAUUCUUCUUGAGUUUUGCAAUUUUGCCGUUUGGUGGUGUGACUAGUCCUUCCAGCUUUGCGGGAAUUAUCCAGUUUCUACGACUGCCCUACCCUCCACAAUGGCGACCACUCCACCGCCGCCAUCUUUUCUGCGAAUGCCUCCCACUCCACGACAUGGGACUGGGUAUGAUGAAUACGAGCCCUACCCCACGCGUCACUCAGCCCGACUAGCCAGUCAACGAGCUUCCACAGAAUCCCGCACCACUCCUCCGCCUAGUUUUCCAACAUCUCAAGCACGAACCGGUCCAAGGAGUGUCCGGAAGCAGAAACCCGUCGACGCUGAAACACUGUCGCCCCCUGGCUCUCCCAACACCUCUCCUCGGAAGAAGAGGUCGGCCCGCGGUGUAACACAAUCACUCGGGAACUUGGAGAGCUCAGAUCCCUUCAACACCACGAAACCCUCUCAAGCUCUUCAUCCUUUUAGAUCCACCAUGACGGAAGGAAUGCUGCCCACCCCGGCCAAAACGCCUCGAAAGAAGCCGGUCGAUAAUCUUGGAUCCGCCGCGCGAGCUCUGUUCCCCCCAUCCACCCAAAAGAAGAAGGCGAAGAAGCACACGGGCUUCUCCUUGGAUAGCUUUACCGAUGAAACCUCACAGGGGGAGCCUCAGAUUCAGAUUUACACUGAUUCUCGCGAUCGAAUCCCCGAAGUUGAUGAAAGCGAAAGCAACCCAUUUUUCAAGAAGCCAGCCACCAAUGUCGCAUAUACUCGUCCCGCGAGGCCCAAGACGGGCUCCCGUGACAAAGAAGUUAACGAGGCACUCGACCGUGAGGAUGGAAUGGUUUAUGUCUUUCGAGGCAAGAAAAUGUUCCGCAAGUUUACCGAUGACGCCGGAAGUGAUGUAGAAGACGACGACGACGACGACGACGACUUGGGUUUGCUGGCGUCCCGUCCAGAUUUGAUAGAUUCGUCGAUCUUAGAAAAUCCUCGGCCCCUGACUCGCUCUUCCAUUAAACCUCGUGUGCUCUUCCCCGCUGCGAAUGACCGCGCAUCUCAAGAGAACCAUAUCGACGAUGCGGAUGAGGAAGCUGCCACUGAUAUCGAAGACCACGUUCUUGCUGAUGCUGAUGCUGCGGACGAUGUUGAUCGCACUACCAAUCUUCACGACCAACAACAGCGACCUGUCACCCCACCGCUCAACUCUACUGUUGCAACCCCUCCUUCACCAGGUGCCUCGCUUCGUUCUCUGCGGCCGCGAGCCAAACGAGAGGGGUUGGAUCACGCACAAACACCCACCGCGCCCGAAGCCAAGAGAAAGCGCAUCAGUCCUUUCGAUGGCUGGUUGCGUAAAAAGCAAACCCCUCCCGUCAUUGGCGCCAAGGCCAAGAAGCGAGAUGCGGAAACUGCUGGUAGCCCCGGAGGCCCAGCUCCCAAGAAGACCCGAAGCAACAAGGCUACCGUUUCGUCGUCCUAAUUGAACGCCGCACCGUCAACAAACGGAUUGUUUACGGAGUCAGCUGGGCACGCUUAAUUUCUAUUUUAUGUGAUACCAUUGCCGGAGUUUGAAAACUUUUUAUGCUUUUUACUUGCCUUGCCUUUUUUUUUUUUUUUUUUUUUUUUUUUUU